ACACAAUCAAGUGCGUGCAGAAUGUGUCUAUGUGCCCAACUCCUACUCGCUGGUAGUGAGUGAAGCAGUGAGCGCACGACCCGUCCAUCAGCGAGCAUAAAAGGUGUAGGUACCGAGUUGGUUCUCCAGAAGCAGCGCAUGCAAACACAGCCAAGAAACACCUGAGGGACUGUUGAAGCUUUGCUACCAAGUGCGCGAUGGCACCUCCUCCCCACGAGAACGAGAUGACCAGGUCGGAGUCGGCACCGGCCACGCCGGUGAAGACGGUGGACGUGCAGACGGCGGCGCCACCGGACGUGGGGGUGACGGCAGUGGACGUGCAGACGGCGGCGACACCGGCCGUGGGGGUGACGACGGUGGACGUGCAGACGGCGGUGACACCGGCCGUGGCGGUGACGACAGUCGACGUGCAGACGGCGGCGAGGGAGCUUCAGGAGCAGCAGGACGGCAUGAUGUACCUGGACGUGAGGACAGAGGAGGAGAUGGGCAAGGGCCACAUCCGCGGCUCCCUCAACGUCCCCUACUUCUUCGUCACACCACAAGGGGUCCGGGAGAAGAACCCCCGGUUCGUGGAGCAGGUCGGCUCACUCUUCACCACAGACCAAUACAUACUUGUCGGGUGCCAGAGCGGCAAGAGGUCCGAGCUGGCCUGCGUCGAUCUCCUAGCAGCAGGGUUCAUGAAUGUGAAGAACGUGGGAGGAGGCUACGCUGCGUGGCUGCACAACGGACUCCCGGUUACAGUGGAAGUCCCCACACCGCCACCGACACCUGAAUCUGCUGCAGCAAUCUGAAUCAACUAGUAGUACGUACUACCUGUAGCAUCUAUCAAUUCUCCACCCACCAGUUCUGUGUAGUGCUCUGCCUGUGUAAAGCAUCUAUGAACGCAAGUCCAGGUGGGUGGAUGGAUGGCUGUGAUAAUAAAACAGAUCAGUAUGCCUUCUAUGAAGUGCAUGAUCUAGCCAAUGCAACCAAAAGAUCGAUCCGAUGGAAGAAACUAGGCAGCACAUUAUAUGUCAACACCUUCCACAGUAAAAGCAACUCUAGCAGAUCCCUUAUACCGCGGAUCCUUAUACCGUGUUUACAGCCUGCACAUAUUCUCUUGUAUAGUUCCGCUAUGUGGGGUCUGUUCGGCCGCAGGCCGCGCUAGCCCACAAAACGCGUGUUUUUUUCUUCUGAAUUUGACACAUAUGACAUAUUUACACAUAAUUACAUAAUAUAAAAUGUGAGUAUUACGAAUUCAAAUUACAAUACUUAUUCAAUA